AUGUUGAGAGAGAUGAUAUCAAUACGUAGGAAUCAAAACAACAAGAAAUUCAGACCAAACAGACUAAAAACUGAAGAAGAACGGAAAGAAUAUGAAGAUAGCAUUACCAAAGAAUUGAAUAGCAUUACGCAGAACGAAAACGUAGAUCAGGCACGGAACGCUGUCAAAACAGCUAUGAUACGCGCAGCUAAGGGUGCUAACAAGGGCACUACAGAGAAACAGCAACCUUGGUUUGAUGAUCAAUGCAGAGAAGGAUUGGAAAUGCGAAAUAGAUUAAUAUGA